GAGUAAGCAGUGGAGUGAGGGAGUAAACGAGUAAGAAAAGGCUCAGUGAGGGACAGAGGGGGAGCGGGAUACAGACAGACAGACAGACAGACAGACAGACAGACAGUCUCACACACAGAUGGACAGAAGGAGAGACAUGACUGCUGUGGUUCGUCUUGCGUUUAUUUCCUGCGUGUUCUCGGAGUUGUUCGCUCAAAAGGAACCCGUCUACACUGGGUGUACUCAGGGGUUCUUCCUGAGUGAACAGCGCACCUGUUUGCCAUGUAACUGUAAAGGUCAUGCUCAGGAUUGUGAGGACAUCACUGGAAUCUGCAUCGACUGUCAGGAUCACAGUACAGGUGAUUUUUGUGAGAGAUGUGAAGAUGGUUACAUUCUCCAGGUUUCUCAUGAUGGACAGCACGAGUGUCGGCCAUGUGCAUGCCCUGUUGCCACGGAGACCAACAACUUUGCUACACACUGUGAUAUGAAGGGUGUGGCUCUGAGGUGUGUUUGUCAGGAUGGUUACGUUGGACAUUACUGUGAAAGGUGUGCACCUGGUUACUAUGGCAACCCCACUCGUGCAGGUGAUUCAUGUAAGAAGUGUGACUGUAACGGAAACUCAGACCCAAACCUGAUCUUUAAUGAGUGUCACAAUGUAACGGGGAAGUGUUUACAUUGUUACCACAACACCGCCGGAGACAACUGCGAGAGAUGUGCACAUGGUUACUAUGGUGACGCCAUCAGCGCCAAGGACUGCCACAAGUGUGAGUGUAAUCAGUGUGGGACGGCAUCAUGUGAUGACCGGACAGGAGUCUGUCACUGUAAACCUGGUGUUACAGGACGUCUGUGUGAUAGCUGUGAGGAUGGUCACUCUGGGUUUAGUAGCUGUAUGGGAUGUAGGAGGUGUGAGUGUGCAUCUGCAGCUCUGCACCCAUCCUGUAACACACUGACUCAGGCAUGUCAGUGCCGCCUUGGGGCAGGAGGACGCUACUGCGAGAACUGUUUACCUGGCUACUGGGACUACACACACACCGGCUGCAAGAAGUGCGAUUGUCCUGAGGGUAACUGUGAUGUCCACACUGGAGAGUGUUUACCCGAGAAGUCUCAGGUCAGCGAGUGUAGUAUCGACUGUGAUGAGUGUAUUUGGCACCUGAUUGGUGAUGUGCGUCAGACCAAUAAAACAGUGGAUCAGUUAAGGAGCAGCGUCCUGAACAUCUCUACUGGAGCUGCAGCAUAUGACCGCCUCAAAUACUACAACUACACUGCACACACACUCAGUGUGCAGUUUGUAGGAUGGAGGAACAAAUCAGCAGUGUUGAGGAGACACACAGGAGAGCUGGAGGAGGAAACAGUACACCUUCAGACUGACACAGAGCUGCUCACACACCAGGAGGAUGGUGUGCUGUCAGUAGGGAAGCAGGUGGAUAUUGAUACACUGCGUAGCGUUACAGUAGCCGAGAUGCUAGCGGCUAAUCUGACCUCUCUUAAUGUGCUAAUAGAAGACAUGAUCAGUGAUUGGGAAGUGUACAGAGUGCAGCAGGAAGUAGGACCUGAGCAGCAAAAGCAGAAGGAGAGUGAAGCUGAACACAUGCUGAAUCACAUGAGGAUGACCAACCUGACACCCAGACAGUCACUCGUUACACAGGAGAACACACUCACACACCAGCUUCUGCAGCAUGUGCGUCAGAUGGAGAAGAGUGUGUUGCUGAUGGAGGGACGACUUCCUGCAGUUAGACAGUUAAUGAAACACUUCAGCUCGAGUCUCGCACAUGGCCAGAUUUACCUGCAUAAAGCACAUGACACACUGCAGCAAACACACAACACACACACACACAACCUGCUCCAUCUGCAGCGCAGAGAGGCUCAUAAGAAUCAUCUAUUGGAGAGUUAUAAUGCUGUUAAUCAGACUGUCAUGUCAGCCAAUGAUAUCUUAAUUAAGGCAGCUGUGGGUGUGACAGAUUUGGGUACAAUGGUUAAGAACGUGACAGAGUACCACGCAGAGGUUGACGGUGCUACGGUGUUGAUAAACGAGAGAACUGAUCAGCUCUCUAAGGCAGAUCACAACUUAGUGCAGAGAGCUACUGAGCACGCUCAAGAGCUGCAGAGACACGCCCACAAACUGCAGCAUAACCUGAAGGGCAGUGAUACACAUGGAUUUGUUCAGAAAGCUCUGGAAGCAUCAAACGUCUACGACAACAUUGUUAAAUACAUCAACGAGGCUGAUGAGAUUAGUGUGAGCACACAGAACAUGUCCAUCAGGACGGAGGAUGCCCCUGAUGGUUUAAAUUCCCAGCUGAACUUCCUCAAAACACAGAGCAGUGACGUGUUUAAAGAGUCUGUGGCACGCAACUCUGAAUACACAGAGGUGGAGAGGAACGUAGCUGACACCAAAACAUACAUUGAGGAGACAAGAGACAUGCUGCAGACAUCACAGGUCACACUGGAGGAGCUCAUCAAGAACAUGAACACCUUCCAGAGAGUCCAGAAGCUGCAGUCCACUCAGGAGGCAGCAGAACGUGCUCUGAAUCACACAGCUGAAGUUUUGGGGGUUGUUACUCCAAUUAGGGAACAAGUAGAAGAAUGGAGCAGAAACAUGAGAAACAAUCAGUACUCCACCUCCAGCUAUGAACAGGCUGUUGACUCUGCCCGUACCACAGUGGAAGAUCUCUCAGCAAUCGUACCUCAGUUGUUGACAAAGCUGCAUGAUGUGGAAGAAAAGAAACCAUUCAACGUGUCCACCAACAUCAUGAGGGUCAGAGAACUCAUCGCUCAGGCUCGUAGUGUCGCCAGCAAGGUGCAGGUGUCUAUGAGGUUUAAUGGGCAGUCCUCGGUGGAGCUCCACCCACCUUCUGAUGUAGAUGAGUUGAAGGUUGUGACUUCCAUUAGCCUGUAUGUGCGUGUGGACCCUGACUCAGACCCCAUUGAGGACCGCUUCUUGCUUUACCUCGGAGACAAGAAUGGCCAUAAGGACUACAUGGGUGUGGCUAUUAAGAAUGAUAAUCUGGUGUUUGUGUAUAAUUUGGGUGGAGAUGUUGUAGAAAUUCCACUCGGCUCCAAACCUGUUAGUUCCUGGCCCCCUGUGUUCAACCAUGUGAGAGUGGAGAGACUGGGUCGUCAUGGGAAGGUGUAUUUAACAGUCCCCAGUCAGGAAGCAGUAGCUGAGCAGAAGUUUAUACAGAAAGGUGAAUGGGAUGGAACUGAAUCUCUGUACCACCUCGACCCCAGAGACACAGUGUUCAUCAUCGGAGGAGCUCCACCAGACAUCAAGCUUCCCCCUGCUUUGAGUUUAGCUCCAUUUGUUGGCUGUAUUGAACUUAUAUCUCUCAAUAAUGAUGUCAUCAGUCUGUACAACUUCAAAAAGCUGCAUAAAAUGGACAUGGAGGUGUCCAGACCCUGUCCCAGGUAUAAGUUAGCGUUCUCUCAGGGUCGUGUGGCGAGUUAUCUGUUUGAUGGUUCUGGUUAUGCAUUGGUGCGGAACAUUGAGAGACGUGGCAGGAUCAGUGUUGUUACACGGUUCGACAUUGAAGUGCGCACAGUAGCUCAUAAUGGAGUUCUCUUACUCAUGGUUAAUGAGAGUAACUUCUUUGUGCUGGAGAUGAGGAACGGGUUUCUGCGAUUGGUUUAUGAUUUUGGAUUUGCUAACGGUCCCAUCGUGUUGGAGGGGAACCUGACCAAACUGCAGAUCAAUGACGCCAGAUACCAUGAGGUGUCAGUGAUCUAUCACCAGUCUAAGAAGGUCAUUCUCCUGGUAGACCGGAGUUUUGUUAAAUCCACAGAGAAUGAGAAGAAAACUCUGCCCUUUAAUGAUAUUUACAUCGGAGGAGUGCCAUCAGAUGUGCUGCACUCAAGGUCUGAGUUCUCCUCUCUGCUUGGACUGAAAGGAUGUGUAAAAGGUUUUCAGUUCCAGAAGAAAGACUUUAACCUGCUGGAGGAACCAGGAACCAUCGGCAUCAGCAGCGGCUGUCCUGAAGAGUCCUUUAUGUCACGUAAAGCAUAUUUCACAGGUGAUGGUUAUUUGAGUUCCACAGCGAGAAUCUCACCAUUAAGCUCUUUUGAAGGAGGAAUGAGCUUCAGAACAACGGAACCAUCUGGACUACUGUUCUACCACAGAGACGGGACUGAUGAGUUCUCUCUCUCCCUGGAGAACGGUGCAGUAGUUCUUCACUCCAGAGGAACUAAAGUUAAAUCUAGGAAGCACUAUAGUGACGGUCGACCUCACUUCCUGGUCGCCUCCGUCACUAAGCACAAGUACCAGCUGGUGGUGGAUGACCGAGACAAACAGGAUAAGAAGAACCCAGGUUCUGCAGCUCACACAGACGGAUUAAAGGAGUUCUACUACGGAGGAUCUGCUCACAGCAACAUCAACAACUUCACUGGCUGUAUCAGCUACGCAUAUAUCAGCAGGCAAGACCGUGAUAUUGAGGCAGAGGAUUUCCAGCGUUACAGUAAGAAUGUGGGCGUGUCCCUGCAGGACUGUCCUUUGCAGAAUCCGUCCACUUCUCUGCGACGCACACGUUCUGCACCACACAUUCCUAACAACACACACUCCACUCCAUACACUCCUGCAGCAUUACACCAGAGCAUUGUGGGAGUUCAGGAUGGGGCUCAGGUUGCUCCAGAGAAGGAGGCCACAUCUUUUUAUCUCUCACCCCCACAUGCCGUCAGAAACGGACAUUAUUUUAGUGGCAGCAGUCGGCUUGAGUCUGAUGGCGUUGCUGAGGUCAUUAGAGAAAGGUAUAAGUUAGCGUUCUCUCAGGGUCGUGUGGCGAGUUAUCUGUUUGAUGGUUCUGGUUAUGCAUUGGUGCGGAACAUUGAGAGACGUGGCAGGAUCAGUGUUGUUACACGGUUCGACAUUGAAGUGCGCACAGUAGCUCAUAAUGGAGUUCUCUUACUCAUGGUUAAUGAGAGUAACUUCUUUGUGCUGGAGAUGAGGAACGGGUUUCUGCGAUUGGUUUAUGAUUUUGGAUUUGCUAACGGUCCCAUCGUGUUGGAGGGGAACCUGACCAAACUGCAGAUCAAUGACGCCAGAUACCAUGAGGUGUCAGUGAUCUAUCACCAGUCUAAGAAGGUCAUUCUCCUGGUAGACCGGAGUUUUGUUAAAUCCACAGAGAAUGAGAAGAAAACUCUGCCCUUUAAUGAUAUUUACAUCGGAGGAGUGCCAUCAGAUGUGCUGCACUCAAGGUCUGAGUUCUCCUCUCUGCUUGGACUGAAAGGAUGUGUAAAAGGUUUUCAGUUCCAGAAGAAAGACUUUAACCUCCUGGAGGAACCAGGAACCAUCGGCAUCAGCAGCGGCUGUCCUGAAGAGUCCUUUGUCUUGUUGCAGAGCAUUGUGGGAGUUCAGGAUGGGGCUCAGGUUGCUCCAGAGAAGGAGGCCACAUCUUGUUAUCUCUCACCCCCACAUGCCGUCAGAAACGGACAUUAUUUUAGUGGCAGCAGUCGGCUUGAGUAUGAUGGCGUUGCUGAGGUCAUUAGAGAAAGAUCAGAGUUCUCUGUGUCAGUGAGAACACACUCGGUGCAGGGGAUGAUUGUGAGUGUGUGUGGUGAAGCUGGUAAAGACUUCAUGGCGCUCUUCCUUUUUAAUGGUAAACUCGUCUUCAUGUUCGGCUUCAUGCAGCAUGUCCUACAGCUCCACAGCACACACACACACAAUGAUGGAAGCUGGCAUGACGUGGUGUUUAACAGACAUGGUGACAGAGGGGUGUUGGCUGUGGAUGGUGUGUUGGUGAUGGAGGAUAAAGUUCCAAGUGAUAACUUCACACUUAAACUUCAGGAUCCACUGCAUGUGGGCAGCCUUCCAGCAGGAUGUGCCAACAACAACAUAAAGGUGAGGUCUGGGUUCUCAGGGUGUGUGAGAGACCUGCGCUUGAAUGGCCACAUCCUCUCGUCUGUCCCUCGCACUUUUGGGGUGACGCCAUGUUUUGACGGAUCGAGUGAAGCAGGAAUGUUUUUCUUUGAGGAGGGAGGAUACGCAGUGCUGGAUCUCAGCAUGAGUGGGCAGCUGGACGUGGUGAUGGAGCUUCGUCCCCGUGUGGCCUCAGCACUGUUACUGCACUCCUACAUCACACCUGAUGUGAGCCUUAGCAUCUACCUGCAACAGGGCCAGGUGUUUGUACAUGUGGAUAAUGAGACAUACACAGUGAAUUUUCACUCGCAAGACAGUUUAUGUGAUGGCAACUGGCACAGGGUCAAAGUGGUGGGGGACAGCAAUGGACUGAGGUUGGAUGUGGAUGGGAAGCAGAAGCAUGUAAUCAAAUCAUGCUUUCCAGUGAAGAAACACAGAGUGUUUAUGCCAGUUUACAUUGGGGGAACACCAGAAGCCAUCACACUUCCUGUUAGUGUGAAAUUGAAGAGCAGCUACAUAGGCUGUGUGAGGAACCUGUCCAUCAACCAGCAAAGUGUUAACUUCAGACGCUCAUUGCUCAUUAGCAGAGCUGUUAGUGUGGACGGCUGUCCUGUGGCCUGAUGAUGUCAUCAUAGGACGUGCCACCAUUACCACCCCCUCACCUGUUCUGUGUACACUACUUAUGUCACUAUAUUCAAUUCUAUUAUUAACUGUCAUUGUAGCACACACACACACACACACACACACACACACACA